GAAGUGAAUUUAAAGUUUAGACUUUAGAUUGGACUUUAGUCCCGUGAUGGUUUUGCGUCAAACUGAAUGACGUUGUAUCUUGCUAGAGACAUUACCUUUUCCUCUUUGUGAAAGAGAAAAGGAGAAACUUCCAUAAGAGGACGCACUCCUGUUGUCUUUUGGGUCUGCGCUCAGUUCUUGGAAAACAGAGUUUAGCAAUCCACAGAGCCGACCAUGGAGUCGCAUGCAAAGCACAAUUUCUUCUUCUUGGUAUCCAGUUUAUUCCUCUGUGCUGCUGCAGAACUUCAGGCACCUGUAGUCCACACGGGGCUUGGGAGCCUGAAAGGUGAGUAUGUGAGUGUGAAAGGGAAGGAGACUGGCGUCCAUGCCUACUUGGGUGUCCCAUUUGCCAAACCACCCCUCGGCCCUUCCUUGAGACUGGCUCCACCUCAGCCUGUAGAAGGAUGGGAAGGAGUAAGAGAUGCCACUAAGCAGCCACUAAUGUGCAUUCAGUCUAAAGAAGCUGUUGUGGAUCUGCUUGAUAAACUCGGUGCAGUCCUGGCAGAAGUACCAGACAUCUCUGAAGACUGUCUUUACCUCAACAUUUACACUCCUGCAAACAGAGCUAAUGAUGCCAAGCUCCCAGUCAUGGUCUGGAUCCAUGGUGGGGGCUUUACGCUGGGAUCAGCUUCAACAUAUGAUGGCUCUGCCCUGGCUGCUUACCAGGACGUAGUUGUAGUUCUGAUCCAGUAUCGCUUGGGACUUCUGGGUUUUCUCAGCACUGGAGAUGAGCACAUUUCAGGGAACUUUGGUUUGCUGGACCAGGUUGAAGCUCUCAAGUGGAUCCAGCAGCACAUUCACAACUUUGGAGGAGACCCAGGAUUAGUUACCAUAUUUGGAGAGUCUGCUGGUGGAGUGAGCGUGUCUCUUCUGCUCCUGUCACCUCUGUCUGAUGGGCUGUUUCACCGUGCCAUUGCUGAGAGUGGCACAGCUGCGAUGAAUGUACUUGUGGCAAAUAAUCCUCUACCAAUGGCGCAGGCAGUUGCAAACGCAUCUGGCUGCAGCCUUGAAAGCACAAAGAAGAUCAGUGACUGCAUGAGAAACCUUGAUAUUGAUACUAUAGUGGGUUUUACACAGGAUCUAACUUUGAGAAUUCAAGUAAAUGUUGAUGGACAUUUCCUGACUAAACCUGUGGAUGAGCUGUUUCAUAAACAUGAACUUCAUGCUGUACCAUUCAUGACUGGUGUCAAUAAUGAUGAAGGUGGAUGGAUGCUUGCAUCAUUUUUUGCUCCACAAAACUGGACAGAAGGACUAGAUCGGGAGUUUGUUUUGAACAUCGUGUCCUUCUUCUACCCCGAUCCUAAAGCAGCAUUUAUCAGAGAUGUGAUAGCUGAUGAAUAUAUCGGAAAUGGUGAUGACCGUGUGAAAAACAGAGAUGGGUACACUGAGAUGCUUGGAGAUUUGUUUUUCACCAUUCCAGCGAUUAAAGCUGCUAAUGCUCACAGAGAUGCAGGCGCUCCUGUAUACCUGUAUGAGUACCAACAUCCUCCCAAAUUCCUGCAGCAGAAAAGGCCGAGCUUUGUUGGGACUGACCAUGCAGAUGAAAUUUUCACAGUUUUGGGAUUUUGCUUCACAACUACCCAUGUUAAAUUAGCCAAUCCAUGUCCUGAGGAUGAGGAACAGUUGAGCAAGAUCAUGAUGAGCUACUGGGGGAACUUUGCUCGCACAGGAUCUCCUGAUGGGCACAACCUAGUCCACUGGCCAAAGUAUGGAGCAGAAGAAAAGUACCUGGCGAUUGGUUUAAAAAAACAGGUAACUGCUCAGCACCUGAAGAAGGAGCGGUUUGUCUUCCUGACUCAGACCGUCCCAGAGGAGAUCAAACAGCAUGAGGAAAAUGCAGAACGCAGCGAGCUGUAGAACACUCCCAUUUUGUCUCUGCUCCAUCAGUCUUAAAAUAAUUACUCUAAACCAUUAUUGAGUUAGCAAACAGUCUUAACACACACUAUGAAAUAUUAGUUACUGUGAAGGACACUUUUUGGUAACACAUUUGGUUUUACCUUGAUCAUUUCCAUUCUAACAUAUUUUGUUUUUGAAUCCCUGAUUGCGUUAUUUAAAAUGUGUUAUUCUUUCAUUUUCACAAAACUGAACACACUGGUAUGAAAGAGUUAACAAUAGCCGCCUGACCCAUGUCUCCUGUUUAUAACCAGCACUGUAAACAUAGGGUAUGUCGAAUAAUCCUUCAUAAUGAAAAGAGCAGUUUUUGUAUAAUUUAAGACAUUGAUAAUGGAUAAACCAAUGCAAUUGUUUUUAUUUCACUUGAAUUAAAGUGUAAUUGUGAAAGUGAAAGAAAAUAGCAGAGAAAAGGGAAAUCAUUGUUUUGGAUGAUAGUUGAGAGCAGCUGUCUUGUAUUGCAGUGUUGUGCACAUAAAAAAAACCUGGUUAAAAUAAACAGAUGUGACAUCCUG